AUGAAAGAAGAUGAAAAACGCGAGUUUCUAUAUGGUUUUAAAACUAUCUAUGCCCCCGAAUAUGGUUUUAUAAAUACCACAAUGUAUGAUAGAAAAAAGAGAAAUGAAAAUAAUUCCCAACCGGAUUAUUUAAAGAAAAUUGUAAGCGAUUUAUCCGAAAGUUUACAGGAUAUUUUGGUGGAUAAGUUUUUAAAUGAGCAUGAUGCUGGAAAUGCCCAAUUAGAUACACAUUUAAUUGAGAAUAUUAACCUCAACGAAGCGGCUUUAGAGGGUAUUAACCCAGGAAAUAGUAAAAGAAAAAGAUCAUUAAGAAAAAGUAAUCGCGAGAAGCUAAUUGGUUUACCUCUCGAUAAAAAACAAUUUUUGUCAAGGGGUUUACCUUUUGAUAUCUUCAAUGAAACCGAAAACAUACUUCCAAAAAUAUUACUGGACCACUUUAAAAAAUUUGUCAAUGUUAACAAAACAGUAGAUAAUAAAAUACCAAAAAAUAAUAAAAACAAAGAAUGUAAUCAAUCAAAGGAAAGUGCACCAAGUCUAAAGCAGUUUUUCUCAAAACAAUCCAUGACAAAAUCAGAAAUAAGAACACUACAAAGCAAUCUAAUGCAAAAGUACAUGAACAACAAAGUAAACCCAUGUGAAAAUUUUUACGACUAUGCUUGUGGAAACUGGAAAAACUAUUUCACAAUACCUCCAGAUCGCACUACGUACGACACCUUCGAAAUGGUGCGGGAAAAUCUGGAUUUCGUCAUAAAGGAAAUCUUACACGAAGUUAAAAUACCAAAAUUAACCGUAGAAUUCGACCAUAAGUUCAGAAGUGGAGAGGUGGCAAAUAAUAUGCUAAAAUCCAAAGUUACCGAUAGCACUAGUGCGUUAAUCAAAGUAAAACAUUUAUACAUGUCCUGUAUGAAUGAAAAGGCUAUAGAUAAAAGAGGUGGUAACCCUCUGAAAAUAAUAAUAAAUCAGUUAGGUGGUUGGCCUAUGGUAAGUGACAAUUGGGAUGAGUCAAAGUUUGAUAUAAUAUGGGUUUUAGCCCAGCUAAGACUCUUAAAUAAUGAUGUGUUGAUCUCUGAAUGGGUUGGACCUGAUAUGAAGAAUUCAAACGAAUAUAUUAUUCAUUUAGACCAGACUUCUCUAGGGUUACCAUCAAGAGAAUACUAUGUGGAUAUAACAAACAGAAAGUAUCUAGUGGCUUACAGAAUAUUUAUUAGAGAUGUCUCCCUUAUUCUGGCUGAUAAAAAACCUGUUUUACAGCAGGAUAUAAACGAUAUUGUAGACUUUGAGGUCAAUUUAGCUCUCAUAAUGUCUUCGUCAGAAGAAAAAAGAAAUGUAUCAGACAUAUAUCUAAGAACAGACUUACAGACUUUGCCGCUGUAUUUUCCACAGUUCGACUGGCAAAAAUAUUUUGGUAUUGUGCUAGGGAAUCACGUAAUCCCUUCUGCACCAGUGGCAUGUUACUGCUCUGAGUACUUACAAAAGUUGAUAUACUUGAUUAGUAUUACACCUGAUAGGGUUUUGCAAAACUAUAUGUUAUGGAGGUUUAUAAGACAUAGAGCAAGUAAUUUAGACUCAAACUUUUCUGCUGCAAAACAAAAGUUUUACAACAUUUUAUUUGGAAGAGAGAAAGAACCUCCUAGAUGGACUUUCUGUGUAUCUCAAGUUAAUUCGAACAUGGGGAUGGCAGUGGGGGCUUUAUUCGUUAGGAAGUACUUCGAUAAAAGUAGUAGAAAUGAUACAAUACAAAUGACCGAAAGAUUGGAAACGGCGUUUCGUCAUACUCUACUAGAAAACCCUUGGUUAGAUACUCAUACAAAGGAAUAUGCUAGAAUGAAGAUCAACGAAAUGGAUUUAAAAAUAGGUUUUCCAGAUUUUAUAUUGAACGAAAGACAGUUAGCUGAGAGGUAUGAUGACAUUGAAAUACAUCCAGAGUUUUUCUUCGAAAAUAUUCUAUCAAUCUUAAGGCACCUAACAAGGUCUGAACAAACAAGGUUAGGCAAUAGAGUCAAUAAAGCACUAUGGAGUACAUCACCAGCAGUAGUCAAUGCAUAUUACAGCAGAAAUAAAAACCAAAUACUGUUUCCAGCAGGAAUACUUCAACCACCGUUCUACCACAAAUUCUUUCCCAAAGCCCUUAAUUUCGGCGGCAUAGGCGUCGUAAUCGGCCACGAGAUAACGCAUGGUUUCGAUGAUAAAGGAAGACUUUUUGACCAUGAAGGUAACCUACAUUUAUGGUGGCGUGAAUCAUCAAUAGAAAAAUUCUACCAAAAGGCGACAUGUUUAAUUAAUCAGUAUAGCAGUUAUGUUUUACCCAGUGUGGAUAUACCUUUAGAUGGUUACCUAACGCAAGGAGAAAAUAUCGCUGAUAAUGGUGGCUUAAAACAAGCAUACAGAGCCUAUGGUACAUGGGUAAAAAAAAAUCCUGGUUUGGUGUGGACAACAGCGUUUAGAAGCAGCCAAAAGUCGUAUGAAGACAUCUGUGCAUGCGCCGGGUAUUUUUAG